CAAAGUCGUUAGAUUUUGCAUAGUUAUUGAUGCACAAAUUGGUUCAAGAAAAAAAAAAUGUGAUGUAUUGAAUUAGUCAAUCGGCAGGCUGCAAACUUCAGCAUUAAAUAUCCACAAUAGUGUUGUGCGCGAUCGGACCGUUACAAAGUCGGUUUGCAUUGUUAUGGCGAUAAAAACAUGAAAUAAUUUUUGGAAAUUCACACUCUCUCGAGGGAGGCUCUAUACGUAAAAGCCAUUGAACGCGCAGCCGAUAGGUCUCCUUGUAAAUCCGACCUAUACAUCAGGCCUAUUGUGUUGUUAAGGGUAGCUGUACACAAACACGCGUCGUGGAAAUGGCACUGGUGCGGCAGCGGCUUUCCCGCGGUAAACACAAUAGACCAAAGUGGGUCAUUGACAACGUGAAUGGGGUUGUAAACACAUCAUGGACGUGGCCCGCGUGCAAAUGCUGCGUCUGUGAUUGGUUCUCGCGACGUCCCGGGGUAAUCGAUCAUCGCGAAACCCUCCUGUGCCACCCGGACGCCUGCUGAUGCUGUGCACCAUGGACCGGUGUCCACCCAUUGGCCGGGCGUUUCGCCACCCAUCCGUCCGCGCAGACUCCUCCUCCGCCGCCGAAGCCGCGUCCACGUAGCAAGCGACGGCCACGCGUCCACUAGUCGCAACGGAUGCAACCAGUUGGCACCAGCUCCGUGUUAGUUCGCCCGUCGGUCGUUCUGUCGAUCGGAUACAUUUACACGAACUUUGCGAGUGAAUCAAACUGUUUUUUUAAUCGACUGCGUUGUAUAUUUUAAUGGUGAAACAUUAAAAAAAAAAAAAGUCGAUAAUAUUGUUUGUCAUUAAGUUUAGAAAUAUCGUUCGCGGUGGAAUGCGCCGCUAUUACUAUUGGAUAAAGUGAUGAUAUCGAUGAACAGGCCGAUUAUCUACCAGACACCUAACAUGGGAAUGCACAACUCAAAUACUUGUGCCGCCAACAUGUACACGCACUCGAUGGGUGACGAUUAUUAUGGUGGACUGGAUUACGAUCCACAGUGCUUGGGAAGGCCGCCACUGGACACUUCAGUGUACGCCGAGUGCUAUUAUCCUAAGAACGGUACGUCAGAUUACAGGACUUACUACAGCGACGCAUCCGCCGGUGGUGCGUACGGGUCCGAUCCGACGCAGCAGCCUACCGACGGUGGUUACCAUCAAACGGCCGCUGCCACAGAAGCGGACGUAAUCAUCACGUCUUCAGACGGUUUGAGUUACACGAAUUUGGACUGUAGUGUUGGCGGCGGUACCGUGACGGCUAACAUUGGACACCACAGUCACGAUUACGGGGCGUACGGUACUGACGAAGUUGGAUAUGGAAGCAAACCGUAUGCCAGUUACGGCCGUGAAGACACCGAGUCUUAUUGUGGUACAUCGGUGGACAACGCUUUUUUCAAUAUGCACUUGAAUCAUCAUCACCCUCACCAUCACCAACAUCAUCACCUCCACGAACAGCAAACACCGCCGGUGACAGACGAACGAUGUCCCCGUAUCAAACAAGAAGUUACUCCCCAUUGUUUUGGUGCCCAAGACAGUUCGUCGCCUUAUCAGGACACGGCAACCUACCAACAGCACCAGAUUAGUCAACCUCAACAUGUAGUUCAUCAACAUCACUUACACCAACAACAGCAACAGCAACAGCAGUGCGGACAAAAUGGUACAUCUCAGAAUCAGCUUCAGCACCAAAAGCACAGUUCUGUCGCGCCAACGGCGGUGCCAACAUACAAAUGGAUGCAAGUCAAACGAAACGUUCCUAAGCCAGCGGCACUCAAAACCGAUUACAACCAAACUGCUAAUGCGACGUUUGGGAGUACGGCGGCCGGACUUAUGCUUGGCCAAGGUCAUAUUUCCGACAAUAGAAGCGGACAACAGCUGAUGUUGAACCAAUCGCCGGUGACCAGAUCACAAGUGAUGAACGGAAACGCGGCGCUGCUACUGAUGAACAACACGGGCCGUACGAAUUUCACCAACAAACAGCUAACGGAAUUAGAAAAAGAGUUCCAUUUUAACCGUUACCUGACGCGAGCAAGACGGAUCGAGAUUGCGUCAGCACUCCAACUCAAUGAGACUCAAGUAAAAAUAUGGUUUCAGAACAGAAGAAUGAAACAGAAAAAACGACAACGUGAAGGAUUGUUACCGGUGGCUCAACAGCACCAGCAAGACAUGCACCUCAGUGGAACGAGCAGCACCAGUAACUCUCCAACUGCGUCAAAUGUCUAAAAAAUGCGUAUUAACGUUUACAAGUGCGACGAAUCCAACGUUUAAAUAGCAUAAUAUACAAAUAUUACACAGAUAUAUCAAGCAUUUCCAUGUUGAAUUCAUUAAACGUUCAAUUAAGUUUUUUUAUUACAAAAAGAUCAUUAAUUUACAAAUCAAUUUGUAACAUUUACAAUUCAUUUUCUAAUACCUAUUCAAAAAAAAUUACUGUCGACUUUAUAACAAUUGUGUCCUUGAUACUUCGAUUUAACUAUUAUAGCGAACUACAUUUUCCUCAAACCAUCAAAGCAAAACCAAUGUAACUAUUAAAUUUUUUUAUUAACAAGUCCAAGAUAAAUUGGUUAUCACUUGGCAUUUUCUGUUUAUUGAUUAAUGAACUUUUUCGGUGCAGAAAAAUGGUCUCUCCAAAUCAUCUUUCGAAAUUCUAUUAAUUUUUUCAAAAAUAUUUUAAAAACUCAAUGUAGUUAAAAGCUCGUUAUUCUGUUUAUAUCAUUCUAAGUUCCAUAUAUUAAAAAAACAGUUACCAUAAAAUGUGUAAAUAUUGUAGUAAAAUUCUUUUAAAUAAUUCCUAAGUACUGAAUUAACAAAAAAAGAGAACACUUGCUUAAGACAAAUAAUCAUUUGUAAAGAUUGCACUUUAUAUAAACCGUUAGUUUAUUUUUGAACGUCUUUUUAUAAAAAUUGUAAAAAGAUAAACGUCAUUUGUAUCUUAAUGAUAAAUUUGGUAAAAGCGCUAUCUAAAUUAAUAUGUUAAUUAUUGGACGAUAAAAUUCCAUAACAUUGUUUAGUUCCUAUUUAUGACUAUUGUAAAUUAUUAAGUAAUAUUUCUUUAUCUUUGUUUUGUAAAAAAUUGUAUAGUUUUAGAUUAACAUUAAUUUGUCAAUGUGUAAUAUAUUUCGGUGUAUAUAUUUAA